AUGGAGAGUAUCGUACAAGCCCUUCCAGGGUGGGAGCUCUUGGACGACAGCCUGCGGGAAACCUUGCAGGGUAUUCGCUCCGAGGCCGGUGAAGAGAUGAUCCUGAAGCAGAACAUGUUUGUGGAACAGAUCCUCCCUUUCGCCGUCAUCCGGAAGCUGCGGGUUGAGGAGAUGGAUGCCUACCGCCAGCCCUUCAAGAACCCCGGGGAGGACCGACGUCCGACCCUGACAUGGCCUCGCGAGAUCCCCAUCUUGGGUGAUGGCCCGGACGAAAUGAUCGUCAGAGCUACGGCCUACAACGCUUUCCUCAAGGACUCGGCGGAUCUACCCAAACUCUGCAUCCUGGCCACUCCUGGAAUCAUCAGUGACUGGAUCGAGAGGAUCACCGAAGAUUGGCCCAACCAGAAGAAGGUCAGGUGCGAGGGCCACCAUUUCCUCCAAGAAGACUCUCCCAUCCAGAUAGGGGAUCACAUCAAGGAAUUCUUAUCAGAAAUUUAUGAAUAGACUUAUAGCUUGGAAAUAAA